AUGGCAUCACCGCGGGAUCUGGCGCUUGCUGCAUUCUUCGGAGCCUCCUCCGCGACAGCGCUGGCCGUAGCGCUGAUGCGGCGAUAUCUUAGAGAUGAGCUGCGUGCCGCAGUUCUCUUUCACUCGCCCGUGGACGAGCAGCACCCUGAGGAUCAGAGGCUGCUGCAGGAGGUCAAGCUCCUGAUGAGAGACUACUGGCCACACCCCAUUCUGGAGUUCAGCGGCUACGUCUCGACAAUGUAUAGCAGCUUCUGGGCAGUCAUGCCUUCUAUGCAAAAGCUGGGGCACAUGGAGGUUCUGGACUUGUCUGACGGAGGUAUCAUGUCGCUGCACUGGUACGAGCCUCCGCUGAUCGACAAGGGAAAAGUGGUCGUUAUCUUACCUGGCCUCAACAACGACAGCCGAACCAGCUUCAUCCAGAGCGCCAUGCGGCACUUCCGCAGCAACGGCUUUCAGGCCGUCGCCUUGAAUUACCGGGGCCUGGCGGGCCUGGAGCUGAAGACCUCGAAGGUUGCUUGUGCAGACUGCUUCCGCGACAUGCCAGAUGUGGAAGCGCAUCUUGCGAAGGUGUGUCCCGGGGCGGAAUUCUCGGCCGUGGGCUUCUCCAUGGGUGGAAGCAUUCUUCUUCGCCACCUGGGCGCAGUGGGCGCGAAGACGGUCUUCUCCUCGGCUGUCACCGUUGCCGCUCCGGUCGAUACUGAGGCCGUGGUGACGUCCUUCAGCUCCAGCGCACGCAAAAGGCUCAUGUCCUUCAUCAUGGCGACGGGCGUGAAAUUGCUUAUGAUCCACGAGCUGCGGCGUUCCCAGUUUGCACACCUGUUGAACAUGAAGAAGCUGCUGUCAGCUCGAAGUCUCACAGAAAUCGACGAGGCCGCGAUUUGCCCACUGCACGGUUAUGUUAAUGCCGCCGACUACCACAGGGCCAUUAACCCGCGCCAUCACCUCGACAACAUCGCAAUUCCCACCCUGGUGGUCCACGCAGAGGAUGACCCUGUCAUAAGCUACACCACCAUGCCCUUCCAGGUCCUCCGCAGGAAUCCUCGGAUCUACGUUGCAGUCACCAAGCGGGGCGGGCACAUCGGAUGGGGAAGUGGUGGACUCGGGGCUGGAGCCUGGACAGAUGCCAUGGCUGCACACUUCAUGCAAGCAACCUCCUCUACCCGAAGCCGGAACAUCGAAGGAACGGGUGCUGUAGGAACAGAAGAUCGGCCGUUCCCUUUGACAUCGGCCCUAUGA